AGGGAGAAGAUUUUUGUUCCAAAGAAAGAGACUCGCACUUAGUUGUGCAACGUUUUGUUCUCCAAUAAAAAAUACUGUUUCACAAAGUUGACCUUGCCAAUACUAAUUAAAUGGCAAUUUGUAUUUUUUUGCUAAUUACCAAAAAAGCAAAAACACAAAAGUAAUUUCAACCUCAAAAAUCACGGUCAAUUAUAUCUAGUUGUGUAACACUUUGUUCAAAACAUGCCAAAGCACCAUUAAAUUAUAGUCUCAGUCAACAGAAUAGAAUAAAUGGGAAUCUCGACAACACAACAUUCAUUGUUGAAGACAAAUAAAUCAACACGAAUAAAAUAACUUUACAAAUACAUUUCCUAGUAGUAGUAGUAAUAGUCAAGUCAGCACGCUAGCAGGUUCAUCGCCUCCUACCUUGAUAACGCGAGGCAAUUUCAGGAUAGUUUGUUAGUUGUAAAUAAAUCGUUGAGCAAGUGACAUGGCUAUUAAUUAGGAAGUGCAUUGUGGUGAUUUUUUAAUUGGAUUAUUAUUAUUGAGUUAGAAAAUAUGACGAUUCAUAAAUCCGAUGGUACGGAAGCGUCCACCAUCAUCAUCGACGAUUCUCACGAUAACAAUUCUGAAAAACCGAAACAAGUCAGAUAUGGAGAACUAGUCAUUUUAGGUUACAAUGGAUUCCUGCCACAAGGCGAUCGCGGCAGAAAACGUAGCAAAUUCGUUCUCUACAAGAGGCCGGCCGCGACCGGCGUCAAACGCUCAAGACACUACGUGGUCAAAACGCCGCACUCGUCGCAAGCCAUUUUGGACACUAACCAGCACUCGAUCUCGUACACGCUUAGUAGAAACCACGCCGUUAUCGUAGAAUAUACCAACGAUGAGGAUACCGAUAUGUUUCAGAUAGGUAGGUCUUCGGAAGCCCCGAUUGAUUUUGUCGUAAUGGACAAGAUACCCGGCGACAAAAUUGGUGACGUAAAAGUGAGCCAGAGUACCAUAUCCAGGUUCGCUUGUAGGAUACUGUGCGAAAGGAACAAUCCGAAAAUCGCUAGGAUUUACGCUGCCGGUUUCGAUACAUCGAGAAAUAUAUUUUUAGGUGAAAAAGCCUGCAAAUGGCAAGAAAACGGACGAGAAAUCGACGGCCAGACAACGAACGGAGUCCUCAUCAUGCACCCUAAAGGUAAUUUUUGCGGCGGAGACGCCAAAUGCGGCGUAUGGUACGAAACUUCCGUUGGAGGCGGCAUAUUUACCCGAAGAGAAUCCAGAUCGGCUCAGCAACGAGGACAAGUGGUUGAAGAUGAAACAAAUAUGCUAGAAGAUGGCACUCUUAUCGACUUAUGUGGAGCAACGUUACUUUGGAGAUCGGCAGAAGGAUUGGAAAAAACACCGGGUAAACACGAUUUGGAAAAAGUCAUAGAUGAAAUCAACGCCGGCAGACCUCAAUGCCCAGUAGGGCUCAACACUUUAGUAAUACCUAGAAGAGUAUCGACAAACGAGAACCAACAGCAGCCCUACGUCUACUUGAAUUGCGGACACGUCCAGGGAUUGCACGAUUGGGGCCAAGACCGAGAUACAGGGGAUAGGAAAUGUCCGAUUUGCUUAGAGUUGGGUCCAGCAGUAAAAGUCUGUAUGGGCUUAGAACCGGCAUUUUACGUCGACACAGGACUACCGACGUUUGCUUUCAACCCUUGCGGACACAUGGCUACAGAGAAAACUGUCAAAUAUUGGGCUAAAGUUGUCGUUCCUCAUGGCACCAACGGACUACAGGCAGUUUGCCCAUUCUGUGCUUCACCUCUUUAUGGAUCGCCAGGUUAUAUAAAGCUAAUUUUCCAAGAUAAUGUUGAUUAAUUUGGCUUAUUAUUAUUAUUUUAAUCUACAAUAUUUUGCAUUGGGUUGGUAGUAAUUUAGACUGAUUUUUUUAAUUUCCCAUUAUAGAAUAUUGCAGAUUCUAAUACCAAUAGAGAUUUUUAUAAAACAUGGUGCAUUUUUGUCUGAAUCUUGGUUUGUUUGACUUAAGACCAACUCACAAGUUGCUGAAAAUAAGUUCCAGGUAUUCCAAUUUUGCUCAAAUGACAAUGCUAGAAAGACAUUAUUUGAGUGAAUAGUCACUUGUUGUACAAAGAUUGGUUUAGUGUUUUUGUCUAAUAUACAACAAAAUUUAUUAUAUUAUCUUAUAUAACUUUUUUUUUUAAACCAUAUUAUAGUAAAGAUUAUUUAACAUAAGAUUACCGAAGAUUGUGGAUAUAUUAUAUUUGUAGAAAGGUUUUUUUUCUGUAGUAUUUAGUGUACCAAAGCUUUAUUUAUACUGCUAUUUAAUAGAGUUUCAAGAAGAAUAAUAAUAUUGAUGGCUAAAUCAGCAUUUAAGACAAAAAGAAGUAACAUCGAUUAUUCUUGAGACACAUUGUACAUAUUCAAAUUACAUUCAUAUUACUAAGGUCUAAAACAAUGGAUUCUAAAUAAUGUUUCUAAAUAAGUUGUACAAAAUUCAUUAUGUAUUUUUUCAAUGAAGGCAAAAGUAAAAGGGAAUUCCGUCAUGUUUUAAUAAGAAAUUGUCAAGAUUAAACCAUCACAUUAAAAUAAGGGAAUUUUUGUUUUUAUCCUAUUGAGAGUAAUUUUACGAAAUCGGAAAAAUUAUCGUGUAAUGUUUAUAUUUGUAUCGAAGAUAUAGAGGGACUUUUAAAAGUUAAGAUAGAUUGUUUAAGAGAAGGACUAAGUGUUGCAAAUCCAUAUCUAUAUAAGAUUAAGCUAGAGAUUAAGUUACUUAAUACAAAAAAAACAUGAAUCUGAGGAUUAAAUGGCAAAGGUAAUAAUUAUUUAAACAUUUUUGUCUAUUUUCUCUAGAAACUCAAAAAUUCCUUUUCCAUUUAAAAUUCAUUUGUGUAUGUAUUUUGCUAAGUCUAGAGAGGAUUUGUAAAUUAGUGUUUUGAUAAUAAGAACGUAUUUUUUCUAUAUUGUAAAGGUAAUUAGGUAUUGAUUAAAGUGGUUCUUAUAUAUAUAUUUUUUUUUUGAAUUUGGAAUGUAAGUAAUUUCUUAGAGGGCAAAAGAAUGAAUUUUUCAAGACUGGUAUUGUUAGUAAUUAAUUUAAGUACAUAUUGUAUUGUAUUGCUUAUGGAUUUAUUAUUUUGAAAUUUUUUUAUAUUAAAAAGUAGUUUUUCAAAUUGAGUGUCACUAGAAAGUUUUUUAAUUGAUAUGGCAUAUGGUUUAUUGUGUUUUAUGGUCGUUAUUUUAGAUGCAUUCUACCUUCUGUUUUUAUUAAACAAAGUGAUUCUGGGUUAAUUUUUUUUUUACAGAAAAUAUGAAAAUAUCUUGACUACAAAUUAAUUUUUAGAAUUUCUUUAUGGAGAUAAAAUGUGUGUUAACGAUUCUCAAAUCAUUGUCAAACCCUACAAUAAAGGGUUUUUAUUUGCCACCCUAUUUUUGAAAUUCACUUUGUAUUGAAUAUUAUUAUUUUUUUUUUUUUGUAAAUAUGCAGUAUAAGAUUUAUGAUGGUAGAAAUGUAGUUUUAUUAAAAUUUAAGGUAUUUUUAAUGGUUAUAUUCAC